GUCUAGAUGUCACUUGUAAUGAGAUCAGUCGCUGUGUCAUCUAUUCUUCCCCAGGACCCCAUGCCAUCAUUCUGGUUCAGCAACUGGAUCGAUAACACUGCUGAAGCAAAACAUACUGUCUCUUUGAUUAAGGCACUCUUUGGGAACUUAGCCAUGAACUACAUGGUUAUCUUGUUCACUCGAAAUGAUGACUUGAAAGAUGGGUCCCUACAUGACUUUGUGAAAAAGUCUGAUGAGGACCUCCAAAGUCUUGUCAAAGAGUGUAGGGGAAGAUACUGUGCCUUCAAUAACAAAGCUGAGGGCAAGGAAAGAGAAACCCAGGCGAAGAAGCUGUUGAACAUAAUUGAAAAAAUGAUGAAGGCCAAUAAUGGGGAAUACUUUUCAGAUGAAAUAUACCAGAAAACUAAUGAGUCCCUGGAAAGAAGAAGAGAAGCCCUGAAGAUAAUCUGCAGUGAACAAAGAGACUGUGAUCUGAAAAUUGUAGAGGAACGAUAUGCUCACAUGUUUUCUCUGACAGAAGAGGAACAAAAGGAAAAGCAAAAAGAAAUAGAAAAGAUAGAGAAGGAAUAUGAAGAAAAAAUGAAAAAUAUAAACACAGAUGCUGAGAAUUCUGUAUUUGACCAAAUUGUUCAGUUCAUUAGGGAUGUGAUUUCUCAAAUUUCUGGUUGGUUCAGGAAAUGAAUGAUUGUUUUAUUUUCCAUUGAUUUCUUCAUAUAUGUUUAUAUCCUGGAUAUACAGAAUUAUAACCUCAUGCAAUGAUUAGAAAUGAGUCAUAAUUUCCUUCAUGUCACUCAAAGAAAAGGGAUUUUUAAAUGAAAGAAUAUUUUAUAUUGGGGGUAGAGUCUCCACUGCAGAUUUGCCACAUUAUAUGGCUCCAGAAUUGAAUUCACCACUUGUUUUGUCUGAGCCUUUGCUUACCUUGUGCCUAGAAGGGACGUUCUGCCACUUUGUGAAAGCAAGUAGCUAAUUAGUUAUGAAUAGUAUAGAAAUGUGAAUUGGGGCCCAAUAGAAAUGAGAAUUCAGGUAUAGGAGAAAUGUCUGUGAGGUAAGGAGGACCAGGAGUUGGUGAUGGUCCCAUCAUUAUCAUAAAAGUCAGAUUACUUUUUAGACAGCUUUCUGACUUGUUGUUGUUCCGAGUCUGACUUUCCCAGAUCUCCAGAUUAUGGUAGUCUCCCAUAUUUAUUAAUUCUUUUUAUGUACCCCUCCAUAUUUAACAUAUAAAAACUAUUCUAGCUUUCUCCUAAAGAUGGCCCUAUUUUUCAUUUCAUUUGUGCUCCUGUUUAGCUUCUAUGAUCCAAAGGUUCUUGACUAUUGCUUUGGCCUGUACAGAAUACAAGCUCCUCGUCAGUAGGGAUUGUUUCACUCAUUAUACUUCAUUCCCAGUUCCAGCACUAUCUACUAUAUAGGAGACAAUAUAUAUCAGAUUCUUAAUAAAUGCUUGCUGAUGAGUGUACUCAGUCAAAUUGUGUCAUUGAUAUGAAAUGUUAUAGUGACAUCCCAUUGACUGGGCCCUUCAAGGACCUGAGUUCCAUGUAGGUUUUUUUCUCUUCCCCAAUUCACUAAAUAGGAGAGGAUAUUUCUAAUGCUGAUUGGCUGACAAGAGAGGGUAGAAUUAUUUGAGAUUUAAAUUCAUUUGAAUGAGUGCUCUCCUGUGAGUAGAAAUAUUUGACAAUACCUUGUGGAGAUGGAAGGAAGGAUCAUCAAGGAAAUAAGCAUUUAUACAAACUACUAUGUGCCAGACACUGUAUUAAAUGCUUUUACAAAUAUCUCGUUUGGUCCUAAAGACAGCCAUGUCUUUAUUAACCUUAUUUUUGGCUGAAGAUACUAAGGUUAACAGAAGUUUGUGGCUGGUCUCAGAAAAACCGGGCAAGGAAUGUUUGUGGUAGCCCUUUUUGUAGUGUUGAAGAAUUAGAAAUUGAGAUGUUCAUCUGUUGGGGAAUGGCUAA